GAGGAAAUUUACUAGAGAAUCUACAAUUUCAUUUGUCGAAAUCUAGUAAAUCUGUUCACUUUUGUAAUUUUCACCUCGUCUCAAAAUACAGAAUCGACCUCCAGCAGACCAAGCUGCUGUAACAGUCAAACGUGAUUAGUUCUUACGUUUAGAACCAACCAAUCAACGCAGAGUGUUGAUAAGACGAACUCAACAGUUGUGUCUGCUGAACGCGGCCAUUGGCUGCAAUGGUAGCGAAAGGUAGCAAUUAAGUGUAAUUGGUUGGAUCCAAAGGUAAGAACCAAUCACAUUCAGUUGCUACUUUUCAGGGCCGGUCUCACAGUCUCCGAUUAACGUGAUUCUCCGAUACUCACUCUGCAUUUCUUUCUAACUAUCCCCCUAGAAAGAGACGAAGAGUGAGUUUAAUCGGAGAAUCUAGGGAGAAUCACGUUAAUCGGAGACUGUGAGACCGGCCCUCACUUCGCUAAGCAGAGGUUCGGCUGAACGCAGCCAACAUUUGUGUCGACUAGAGUCCCUUGAAUACAGAGUCUGGCCAAUAGGCCCCUCAAAAUGGCGUACAUACUAUACUCAAUACAUAUAAGAGUGAUUAAGAGUGGUUCUUGCUGUGCAUGGAGUGUUCCGUACUGUCUGAAUUUUUCUGAUUGUACAAAGGUUACAAGAUGCCUUAUUGCUGCGUAACAAAAUGUUCCAAUUCUUGGAAAAAAGGUUAUUCCUUACAUCGCAUCCCAAGAAAUACAAAAAGAAGAGAACAAUGGAUUCAAAACAUUGGUCGACAUGAUUUGAAUGCAUUAAAAGACUGUUUUGUAUGUGAGGAACAUUUUUUACCCGAAAUGUGGGAAAAAGUACGUGUUGAUGACAAGAAAAAGCUGAAAAGUUGUGCAGUUCCAACUAUUUUUAUGCAGAAAGAAAUUGUUUCUGCUACAUCAAAUACUGAAAUUGAUAUUACGGAAAAUAAUAAAGUGGACAAUGAAAAAUGUUUGUCUGAUGAUUUGAUAGAGGAAGACGUAUUUAAGGAAACAGAAGCAGCUAUAAAUAAUACAGAAAUAGAGCCAAUUAAUACAUCGCCAGUGUCAACGCCAAUUUCAGACUCAAUGAUAUGUGUGCCAUUUCAAAUUGGUAAUUUUGAGAAAAACUUUGAAGAAGCAGAAUUAAAAGUUCAAAAAGCAUUAUUAGAUGCUACACAGGCCAAAUUACGACAAGUGGAAACAAAAUUUCAGCAAGCAAAUAUGAUACUAAGUAAAUCAGAAAAGUCGCGGAUAAUAAUGAAAAAAAGAAUAAAAAAACUUAUGUAUGAAAGAAGAAAAUUAUUAGAAGAGAAUAGUAAUUUAAAGGCUAGAUACAAAAGAAUAUUUAACGACGACCAAGUUGCAGCUCUCUGCAAGAAAUCCAUGCGCGGUAAAAAAUGGUGUUCUGCUACUAUCAAAAAAGCUAUUCGCUUAAGAUUAUCUUGCGGUAAUAAUGGUUAUAAAGAAUUACGGAAUCAGGAUAUUCCUUUACCAGCAGAGCGUACUCUUCGAAGAAAAAUUGAGAACAUAGACUUUGAACCCGGUAUUUGUAAUCAAACGUUUGACAUAUUACGUAACCACAUUUUAAAUUUUACUGAUGAUUGAGAGAAAGAUUGCAUGCUCGCUAUUGACGAGAUGAGCAUUACUGCAGGACAACAAUUUAAGUUGAUAUAGCAACAAAUUCACAUUUUGGUUUAUCGACGUUGCCAGAUAGAUCAGGUUAAUAAUUUCUAAUACAUUUGUAAUUUAUAUUUUUAAUACUAAUAUUUGUAUAUAUAAUACAAUUUUUUAUUACAUUUAGUAUAAUUACUUUUGCAUAAUUAAAUAUUUUUUUUACAAAAAUAUCAUUGUCUAAUAAAU